AUGGCUAGUAUGAUCAAUCAUCUUCAGAAAGCCCUUCGUCAUCAUGCUCCGGUGAUUCGUUUUCGAUAUGGUGCAAAUCAUACAGAUCCUCAUUCAUCCAGUCACCAUGAAUCGGAGAAUGUAUCUGCAUCACCAACAUCGACAAAUAAUAACCAAUUCAAAUCUAGUGGGAUAUCGACGACAUUAGAAUUUUCUCAAACACCACAAAAAUACCGUCGACAACCAUUAACGCAAGAUGAGAUCGACCUAGUCAAUAUUGGUGGGUUUACUUGA